AUGACGAAGUCUCUUCCAGUGGCUCAGCUACAGGGCUCCGGGAGUGAUUCUGAUGGCACCAAACAAAUUCAAGGCCAAAGCGUUGUACUUCCUACCAAACUCAUUGCAAUUGCCAGUGGCUUUGAAAAGAAAGAGCGUUCAUGGUUUGUCACCUCUCAAAUCCCAACAGAUCUAUCAAUCCGGGUUGAAGACAUCACCUUCUACAUUCACAAGUAUUCCCUGAUUUCAAGAUGUGGCUACAUGCACCAAGUUAAACUCCAGUCCUCGAACUCAAACUUUGGUUACGACCUCAAGCUCGAAAACUUCCCUGGUGGAUCAGAAACAUUCGAAAUCAUUCUAAAGUUCUGCUAUGGUCUCCCAAUAAACUUAAACCCUAACAAUGCUGCCCCACUGAGAUGUGCAUCAGAAUUUCUAGAGAUGACUGAAGUCAUUGAAGAUGGAAACCUCAUCUCAAAGACAGAAGCUUUUCUCUCAUCUGUAAUUUUUUCUUCAUGGAGAGAUUCCAUUGCUGUUCUCAAAUCAUGUGAAACUCUAUCUCCAUGGGCUGAAAACCUCCAAAUUGUCAGAAGAUGCAGUGACUCAAUUGCUUGGAAGGCUUCUCAAGACAGUUCAACAGCCAGAGAAAUGAUGAAUGAAGAAAGUUGGCAGUCUGAUGAGCUGGCCACCCUUCGAAAGGGAUUGAAACCAGAAAGUAUAGGCUCUUGUAUUAUGCACUAUGCAGAGAAAUGGUUACAAGGCAUUGAUGUAGAGCUAGAAGGAUUAAGGGGAUGUGGUUAUGAAAAUAAUGAGCUGCAAUUAGGUAUUUUGAGAGGCAAAAGACAGGAAGGAGUUAUUGGACACAACAAAGAGCAAAGAACAAUCAUAGAGAGCCUAGUUAGCAUACUUCCUCAUCAAAGUGAAGCUGUUCCAUGCAAGUUCCUAUUGUGGAUGCUAAAGAUGGCCAUGAUGUAUUCAGCAACACAACCUUUGAUUUCAGAGCUUGAGAAGAGAGUGGGAAUGGUGUUGCAAGAUGUCAAUGCUAAUGACCUUUUGAUUCUCUGUUAUAGAAAUGGAGAUCAAGGGCUGGUGAAUUCACAAGAAGAAUGCACAAUGUACAAUACAGAUGUUGUGCAGCGAAUUGUGGAGUAUUUCUUGAUGCAUGAAAAACUGCAGCAGCAGCAACAAAAGUCCAAGAAAUUGGAUGUGAGCAAAGUUCUAGACAAUUACAUAGCCGAAAUUGCAAGGGACUCAAAUCUAUCCAUUGCCAAGUUUCAAGUCUUGGCUGAAGCAUUGCCAAAAAAUGCUCGAACAUGUGAUGAUGGUCUUUAUAGAGCCAUUGAUAUCUACCUCAAGAGUCACCCUUUAUUAUCUGAGCAUGAACGGAAAAGGCUGUGCAAAGUAAUGGACUGUCAGAAGCUGUCACUUGAUGCAUACAUGCAUGCGGCACAAAAUGAGCGACUACCUCUAAGAAUUGUUGUCCAGGUAUUGUUAUCAGAGCAAGUAAAAAUGCGGGCAGCACUGCAAGGGAAGGAGCCAGCAGCAAGUGAUGAGAACCCUGAACAGGAGGGAAGCUACUCAUGGACAAAUAUGGAGAUUAAAAAUCUCAAAGCAGAACUUGAGCAACUAAAGAUAAAGAUGACAGAGCUACAGCAAGAUUGUUUUGAGCAGCAGCAAGAUUACGAAAAUCUAAACAAGCAGCCAAGGAACAUAUCAAGUUGGAGUUUGGAGUGGAAGAAGAUUAAAACCUCUGCACUUUUCCAUGGAAAAUUGGCUGGGAAUGAAAACAGAGAGGGGCAGCAGAGACUCAAUCGAGUGGGUGGCAGAGCCAGCGGCCGACAAAGGCUAUCAGCCUCCUAAGAUUUGUCAAAAUCAAACACAUCAUGUCGUAACUGAUAAAUCUAGCCAAUCGCCUUUAUCAGCAUUAUAUCAA